AUGGACGGCGCCUUCGACGCCGACGGCCUGGCCCCGGGACCCAACCUGUCCAGCGCCGCCCCGCGGGGCUGGAACCUCUCCUCGACGCCUCUCUGGGCGACGCCCGGGCAGGCGGCGCGGGCCGUGUCGGCGGCCGUGAUCACGCUGCUGGGCCUGGUGGGCAACGGGCUGCUGCUGCACCGGCUGCGCUGCGGCGGCUGCUGCUGCGCGGGCCGCUUCGCCCGGCGGCGGAAGGUGGACUUCCUGCUGGCGCACCUGGCCGCGGCCGACCUCUACGGCUGCGGGCUGGCCCUCCUCGCCCAGCUGCCUCCCGCCGACGGGCAGCCCGGGGAGGCGGCGGCGGCGGCGGCGGCGGCGGCGGGGUGGCCGUCGGGGGACGCCACGUGCCGCCUCUUCCGGCUCCUGCAGGGCUCCGGGCUGCUGGCGCCGGCGCACAUGCUGGUGCUGCUGGCGCUGGAGCGGCGCCGCGUGGCCAGGGCCCCCCCGCAGCCGCCCCUGCCGCCCGCCCCCACGCCCGCGCCCGCCCGGGGGGCCCUGGCCGCGCUGGGCUGGCUGCUGGCGCUGCUGCUCGCCCUGCCCCAGGCCUUCGUGUACCGCCUGGCCCCCGCGCCCGGCGCCGCCCGCUGCCUCAGCGUCUGGCCGCAGCGGCCCCCCUGGCACGGCCGCGCCUACGCCGUCUACGGGGCCCUCACCAGCUUCGUGGCCCCCGCCUGCCUCCUGGGCGGCACCUGCGGCCGCCUCCUCGGCGCCUCCCGCGCCCAGGAGCAGCAGGGGCAGGCCCAGCCCGGCGCCCGGCGCGCGCCCCGCAGCCUGCCCCGCGCGCGGGCCCGCGCCCUGCAGCUGACCGUGGCGCUGGCGGCGCUCUUCGCGCUCUGCGGCUUCCCGCGCGUGGUGCUGGAGCUCGCGUGGGCCUUCGCCUGCCCCGACGGCGCGGCCGAGGCGGCGCGGGCGACGCUGGGCGGGCUGCUGGCGGCGGCCAACUGCGCCCUCAACCCCUUCGUCUGCCUCGUCUUCCGCAGCCAGCGGCCCUGGGCGCGCCGCCUCCAGAGCAGCCUCUGCCGCUGCCCCGACGGACAGCCUCGGCGCCGCGCUCCCCGACGACACCGCCCCCCGCCGCAGGGGGCCGCCGAGCGCCCCGGGCGCUGGCUUUGCCCCUGCCAGAUCCCACUGCUGAAUCCACUUACUGAAAAUGCCACUAAAACCUGA